AUGGCAGAAGCUGAUGCGAUCAAAGCGUUCUUCGUACAAGUACGUUUCGGUUCCGUUCCCGGCAGAUUGGCGAAAGGGAAAUUCUACACGCGUGUCUGGGCACCCGGGUGCUCCACCUGUGGGCCGAAGGCGAAAACUUCCUCGUUGACGAGUGGAGGAAAGAGGAAUUCGACCGAGUCCGCCAAGGCGCUGCCCAUCUCUUCCCUGCUCCCCGGGAAUUCUAUUUCCGGU